CCCUCUCGCCCCACCCGCACACAUCCACCCACGCCCCCCGCCUGGCCUUGGCUCCUCCUCCCCCGUCCGUCGUCCAUCAUCGUCGUCGCCCCGCCUGUUCCCCUCUUCGUCUUGCCAUCUCCUCCUUUUUCUCUCCCGGUCAUCCCUCGCGCCGCCUAUACUCUCUCCUGCCAUUCCGGUCCGCCUCCACCCGGUCCAUCCCAUCUUCCUUUGUAUCCUGAUCCAGAUCACCACACACACUCUGGCCACUCGCUCAUCUCAUCAUCACUGGGACACGCGUCCAACGUCACCUGCACUGACCCGGCCAGUGCAACCAGGGCCCACUCGCGGCCUGCUCUGAAGACGUCAUGGCCGGAAGGAGGGCGCCACAACAGUCAGAGCAUCCAUGGAUGGAGGGGAUGGGCAAUGACCAUCGCUGGCAGCAGCAGCAGCAGCAGCAGCAGCCACAAGGCCAGACUGCAGCACACUGGCCUCACCAGCAGCAAGGUCAGGGCACCACCUCGAGACCCCAACAGCAGCAGACUACCGCGGUUCCUCAGAUGUAUCAGAAUACUUCGGUAGGCGCUGCGAGCAUGAUGCCUAGCCGAAGUGCCGGUGGCGCCGCUGCCGGAGGUGCAAUGCUAGACCCCACCAUGCUUGCGUCCACGUCCGACUAUAGCACCAUUCUGGCUCAGCAGCAGCAGCGACAGCAGCAGCAGCAACAGCAUCAGUCGUCCGGACUGCACCCUGGCCAGCAGCAGACACUCAUCAAUAUGCAGCAACCACGCGGGGUUCCACCACCCAACCCAUACCCUCAUUAUCCACCGUCUUCCUACCCGUCCCAGUCCAACAUCGGAGCAGGCUGGCCACAGAGCUCAGGUCCAUCUACUCCAUCCAUUCCCGUCUCCCAAGACAGCAUGAUCUUCCCUCAUGGUGGUCAGCCCUACCAGCCGCAGACAGAUCCUCGUCUGGCGGGACCAAGUCAUGACAAUCUCGGUCGGCAGCAGCAACCGCAACAGCAGCAGCAGCAGCAGCAGCAGCAUCAGAGCGGCAACGCGUCCCAGAUCGGUGCUUGGCAGGCAGCUGCUGGGGGAGGCAGCGCAGUCUCUCUUGGGCAAGAGGAUGACGACGAUGAAGAAGAUGUGGGCAAAACAAAGGGCAGACAGAAGGCCGGCACGAGCGACUUUGUGAAGAAGCUCUUCACCAUGCUGGACGAUCUGUCAUACGCGUCCAUCGUAUCUUGGAGCAACACUGGCGAUUCCUUCGUCGUGCGGAACAUGAAUGACUUCACCAAACACGUCUUGCCUCGGCAUUUCCGGCAUUCGAACUUCGCAUCCUUCGUCAGACAGCUGAACAAGUAUGAUUUCCACAAGGUCAAGAAUCCAGAAGAGCAAUCUACUGGUCCCGCAGACCAUAUCUGGGAGUUCAAGCACCCUGAGUUUGCACGAGGGCGCGAGGACCUACUGGAGAAUGUGCGGAGAAAGCUGCCAUCGGGGAAGAAGAAGGCAGCAGAUGACAGGGACAGUCCCUUGAUGUACUCGGCUUCGGACGCAUAUGAAAAGGUGCCAGAGGACUACUUCAAGCUCAAGGAGCAGAUUGCGACCCUCACUGCCACCCAAGACGCCAUGUCUGCCCACAUUGCCAAGCUGACAAAGCAGUAUCAGGGCGUCAUCGGCGAGAUGCUGACCUUUCAGCGCAACAUGGUCCAACAGGACCAUCUCAUGCAGAAUCUGAUCCAGUAUCUCAUGAACUUGGAGAAUGAUCGCAAGAUGGAGGCCAUCCCAUCAUCUUCGAACCUGGGCAUUCGUCAGGAUGCUGGCGGUAUCUCUUUUGGCGAAGGCCCGUUCGUGUCAAAUCAGGAUGCUUCCAGAUUGGUGGGCUCGUAUGAGCAGGUGGCCAAUGCUGCGUUUGGUCACAUGACUGAGAUAGCACAGAGGCACAACGGAACACAACAACAGCAGCAACAACAACAACAGCAACAGCAACAGCAACAACCGACUGAGGGGCCUACUCCGGCGAUGACGAGCACACCUGCUCCUACAAGGUCCUCGGGUAUCGUGGAAACGCCUCUCACACAUCACAGGAGGGUCUCUACCACGGCAGGCAACCUCUCCCCGAAGAGCAUGGGUGCACAAGACAGUCCCUCUGUAACAGGAGGGCCAUCGAAUGUGCUAGAUGCCUUUGGCCGCAGCGACAAGGGAAAAGAACAGGCCUCGCCGAAUAACCCAGGCGGAGGCCAUGACACGGGAAUCUUUCUGCACCCGCCUCACCUGGACGAUGCAGAUUCCAACAGCCUCUUUAGCAAUGCUGCCAGCGCCGUCGACAAUCCCACCCUGGCUGCCUUUGAGAGCGCAGGGCUGAAAGUAUUCACCGUCGGUACGCUGCAGCCCCGCACAGACGCUGGGGUAGACACCAAUGGAUCUCCUGGAUCAACACUCAACAAUGCAUUCGGUGCAGACGGCGACAAGAGUGAAGAUCCUAACAUUGUCAAGGAUGGAGCGGCUUUGCGCGUCCCUGCACUGGACAAUUUGCCGUCCAAAAUGCCCAAGGUCGAUCAGACGACUGAUUCGAAAAGGGACAGCUCUGCUUCACAGACCGGCAGUCGAGACUCACGGACUGCUACGCCCGGCGAAGGCGCCUCGAACACGCUCCGCGUACGCCGCUCGACCAUUGUACCAGGUUGGGCUGUGCCUCCAAAGGUGCUUCUCGUCGACGAUGACGCAGUGUGUCGCAAACUCUCCUCCAAGUUCCUUCAGGUCUUUGGCUGUGCGAUUGAUGUAGCGGUGGAUGGCGUCAAUGCUGUGAACAAGAUGAACCUGGAGCAGUACGACCUGGUCCUUAUGGACAUCGUAAUGCCGAAUCUCGAUGGAGUAUCGGCUACGUCUCUCAUCCGAGAGUUCGAUCCAAAGACGCCCAUCAUUUCGAUGACAUCGAACUCUGGUCCAAUGGAGCUGCUCAACUACAUGUCUUCUGGCAUGAACGACAUUCUCCCAAAGCCAUUUACGAAGGAAGGCCUACUGAGCAUGCUGGAGAAGCACUUGAUUCAUCUCAAGACGGUGCAAAAGAUGGAUCAGAUCCCCAAGUCUCUCGGUCUACCGCCGGUCAGCAAAGAGGCUCUGCAAGGAGUCUUGAAUGCCACGGCAGCAAGCGGCGCUGCGCUGGGUCUGCCUGAGGGUUCCGGUCCGGGUUCCCCAGCCAACGGAUCCGAAAGAGGCUUUUCCAGUGCUGCUGGACUUGGAAACGGGCCCAGCGUCAAGCGAGAAGCGUCGCCCUAUGGCAACGGGACUAGUGCGAGCCACGGAGAAGACAUGGCGAAUCCCCUUUCAGAGAUGGGCUUCUCAGAUGAGGACUACAUCAACAUGAUUCAGAGUCUUCUUUCAGCUGGCUCCGUCUCUGGAGACAUGUCGGACAGUGUAGCGGGAGUCAUGGGCGUGCCGCGCGGUUCAGGAGGUGGCACGGAUUCGUCUCUUCAGAGCGGUAGUGCAUCAAAUCCAAUGCACGGUGGGCUAGGAGGAGGAGGAGGAGGGGGCGGUGAAAGCUCGACGGGCAACAGGAAGAGGAAUGCGGGCGAAGUCGCCACCUCGGACCAGGAGCAUUCAUCGGGUCGUGAAGACAAUGGCAACGGUAGGAGCAAGAAGGCCAAGGCCAGGCUGGCUGAAGUGAGGGUGUGACAUGAGGAGGGGCGGGGCGAGGCGAGGCGAGAUGAGGGGAAAUCAGGAACAUGCAGUCACCCAAUCAGAUCACAAGGCCAUCAGAUUUCGGUUUCCACAUCAAGUCGCGCAUCGUAUUACCCGUCAAUUCCAUGCUUGUAUGAUCAAUCUAAUCUUAUUCAACAAGGU